AUGCCCGUUCUCCCCUCCGAGGAAGUUGCCGAGAGCGGUAUCUUCGAUAAGGUCGCAAAGGAACCUUCGAAGAAUACCGAGUCGACUGCCAGUGACAAGGUCAAGGCUGAGGUAAAGGAUUUCCAGGCUAACCCUGGUCCGGUAAUCCCCGAGGCCAAAGAUCUGCCACCUGUGGCAUCCAAGGAGGAGCUAAAGGCCAGAAGUGAGGAGCUCAACAAAUAG